AUGGAAGAUAUGUAUGAGCGAGGAGUGACUCCAGAAAGCCUCGCGCAACUCUACGGUCCGAAUAAGAAGGCUAAAUUCCAAGAACAGUUUCGUCAGUUCUACAAGUGGAGAUUGAGCUGGCAGACACAGCGAGCUUACCCAAUGCCUCGCAAGGCCACCGCUGGACUUCGAGCAGCGACAUGA